AGAAGUAUUGUACAACAUGGAGGUUCCGUCCCGGCCCAUGUCGUUUUUUAUGCUGGCUGUUCUUUUCACGUUGUCGGUGAUUUUGUACUACUACUUCGCAACUUUUGACAUCACAUCAACAAAUUUCAGUGUAAAGGCAAUACAGAGUAGGAUCCUGCUGAGACAGACACUGUCGGACUCUCACAUACUUGCAGCCAGCAGCACUACAGAGACAACUACAAGGGCGCCUAAAGUAACAAAACCAUUCCGGUCAACAAUUGCCAGGAAGAGGACGUUGGACAUCAACGUGGAAAAGAAUCUCACAAGACUUAACGAGUCAUUACAAAAACUGAGAACGUCUGAGAGCUUUGCGUACUUUUCCCGAUACAAAAACCGUAAAAAGUGUAAAAGACGGAAAGCCUGUUCAACGGACACACCGGUUGGUCAUUACGGCACAUGUGCACUCGUCGGCAAUGGCGGGAUUCUUCUCAAAAGCAACUGUGGGAACGAGAUCGACAGUCAUGAUUACGUCAUCAGAAUAAACAUGGCGGCCUUGAAAAAUUACGAGCAGGACGUUGGACGACAAACAAACUUAUCUUUCAUCAACUGGAAGGGAAUUAAGGAGCUAGGAAACGCAAUAGCAUACAAGAGAAAACGAGUUCUUCAAUAUCUAGCCCUACUGAACGGCAGUGUCUUCAGUUACGUGAAAUUAAGGACUCGUGUAGCCAUCUCUGCUCUGAAAUCACUGGAAACUAUUCUAAAGGAUAAUAACUUGAACAUUACCGUCACGUACUCACGUAGCAAUGUUCCACUUGUAUUUACAAGGUAAGAAUAGUAAUGUCCAACGUCUUAAA